AUGCGCAAAUCGCACUCUUUAUUACAAGUUUUACUUCUCUUCAGGCUUGCAUUGGCACAUGGAGACCAUGGACACGAGAAAGUCAUGGAUUUGGGUGGAGAGGCGGAGUAUGCUCAGAGACACAUGGCUAAGGAACACCACAUUGAUACGUUCGACCCGGAAUCGUUCUUCCAUAUCCACGACUUAAAUAGGAAUGGAGUACUCGAUAAAGACGAAAUCGAAGCCAUCUACGGCGUGCACCAUCCUUACUCGCAAAAGAAGUCAGCCGACGAGAUAGCACACCAAGCCAAGGCUGACCAUAUCGUCAACACCGUUCUCGGGAUUUAUGAUAAGAACAAUGAUGGGAAGAUCUCUGUGGAAGAGUUUAUGGAGAAGGGAGUGAAGGCGCUCCCGAAUUUUGAGGGACUUGGUGCUGAAGGGCAUCAUUAUGAUGUUGAGAGCGAGGAAUUCCACUCAACGCCAGAUACUCAAACGGACGAGUCGUAUAACCACCCAGAAGACAUCGAGCACUUCGCCGCCCACGAAGAUAUCGAGCGACAAGAAGCGAUCAAGGAGGCAGAGUUCCAAGGUAUCUCAGUCGAAGACGCAAUCAAGAUACACGAAGAAGCGGAAGCAUCCGCGGAAGCACGUGCGAAGGAACGGGAGCUCGAGGAGAAGGCACAACAGCAGAAACCGAGGCCGACCAGACCUGUUGAUCCCGAGAAGCUCGAUCCAGCUGUGCGAUUUGGUGGGGCCGUGAAAGAGGGCGAGGCGCAUGGAGAGUGGGGGACGGGAGAAAAGGGGUAUAAGGUGCCGCAGUCGCCUAGUGAAAGAAUGAGGAAGAACGUGCCGUACAAGUACAAGUUCCGCCGCAAUUGGGGCGAUUUCUGA